GCAGCCAUCAAUGCCAUCACGGACGCGGAUUUUCAAAAAUCUGAUGAGGAUAUUCUUGGGGAUCAACACACCGGGACAAACAAUUCAUCAUCUUCUGCGACAGAAGCAGGAGCAGCGACACAACUACUAGGGAGCAGCAACCUUCUAACGCAAAACGGCAGCGGGAGUGGCGCUUUGGGCUUUUUCCUGCAUUUCUGCAAGAAAAAUAGCGGCUUGUCGAUCUGGAACACGCUGAAAAACCUCGGCCGUCCUCGCGCGGUGACGAACUCGACCGAAACAAGCGCAUCUAGUUCGGACAACUCGUACGACGAAGCAGUCGCAGCCGCGCUGGGGCACCAGCUGUUAGUGCAUGCGGUUCGGACGAAGACUGGGAGGCUGGCUGUGGUUGCCUCCUGUUUCUACAAAAAC